AUGCAAUCUGAGAGUGCUCCAGCUGAGGAAGUUGAACUUCUUGAAGAUGCCCGGCACUUCCCCGGUUUCCCCGAAGAUUGCAAUGUAUACGGUAUCCGGUGCAGGACCGUGGACACACAUGUGUUGUGGAAUGAAACUACUGACGCUGUUACUGUUGAUGUUAAUACAGGUCUUCGCUGUAUUAAUAUACUAGGAAGACCAAUAUGUCUGGACUAUGAAUGUAGAUGGCUGUGCUGCGGUUGGCACACUGUCACUUGCACACCACCUGGAACAACCACAGAAGGAACAACAACUGGAACCACAACACAAACAACUUCAGAAACAACAACAAGGACCACAACAACUACUCCAGAAACAACAACAGGUACCACAACUGGAACCACUCCAGAAGAAUGCAUACCUCACAUCAAAUUGUCAUGCUUUUGGACUACAUGGUUUGAUGAUGAUUAUGGCAAAGUGAAGUCUGCCAUUGCUCCAGUUGAAGAAUUGGAGCUUCUUGCAGAUGCCCAGCACUUUGAAGGCUUUGAUUGCGUUGAUCCACGUGACAUUGAGUGCAGGACUGUGGACACCCACGAGUUCUCGAACCAGACUGAGGAUGCCGCUACCUGCGAUUUGAAUACGGGUCUGCGCUGUAGAAAUCUACCCGGGACACCAGUCUGUGCCGACUAUGAAGUUCGCUGGCACUGCUGCAGUCUAGAGAGAGUCACUUGCUCAAGUCCCCCACCACCCGAGACGACUACUACAGUAGAGCCUACAACUGAAGGAUGUCACGUUGAAGAGAUAUGUGAAUGGACCCCGUGGUGUGAUGAUGAAGAUCCCGGUGGUAAGGUGACUCCAUUUGAUGUUGGUGAGUUUGAGAUCAAAGAGGAAUGCCAACAGCACUUUCCCAUCUGCGAAUAUCCAAGGGACAUUGAAUGUGAGAUGAGUGCCAUACCCCACCUCAGUUCCUAUAUUUUGAGCCAAGAUGUGACAUGUGAUGUGGACCUUGGAUUGGUCUGUCUUCAUUCAGACACACAGCCGAUUUGCCUUGAUUACAGAAUCAGAUUUUUGUGCUGUAGAAAUGAAACGGUUGGGCCCAAUUGUCCGACAACUUUGCCCCCACCUUCGACUGAGACUCCUACAGAAAGCCCGACCCCAUCAAUCUCAGAAACGCCAACUCCAACUCCAACUGAAGUUUAUCCUACCUCUUCAUCGCCUCCACCCUCUUCAUCGCCUCCACCCAAUGCCUGUAAACCUGUGAGUUCAUCACGACCAGUGACUAUCAGUUAUGGUAACUGUAGUGACACAGUCUUUUUGAUGGAAUGCUCCGGAGGUUGUCCAUCUCUUCAGUACUUCUCAGGGGUUAAAGAUGGCCAAGUAAGUAUUGAAAAGGAAUGCUCUUGUUGUCAGAUUAGUAAAGAAACUAAUGCUGUGAUAGAAGAGAAAUUCACCAUCCCAUGCCCAGACAACACCACCAUUGAGAUCUCCGUUCCUGUGAUUGCCUCUUGUUCAUGUCAACAAGUUGAAUGUCCAGCAGUACCGUGAGGGCAAAUAUAUAUCCAUCAUGUCGCACACACUGCUUCAUCUCAACAGUAGACAUGGAUUGCAUUCUAAUUUGUUAUAUUUUUAAAUUGUAUUGUACCGAAUAUAUUCAUUUUUUCAGUGAUAAUGUACCACUUGAUAACAUAAAAGGUUCUUUGCAGAGAUGUAAUAUUUUGAAAUAAUUUCUUUCGUUUGCAUAAUACAGACCUUCAUGAAUCACUGCCUAUGUUAAUCCUUUCUUCAUUUCUUUGGUUAUUCGAUACAAGUGCAAAGUGUGAGCGAAAUUUUUCAAUAUUCUGAUCUGAAAAAUAGAUCUAACAAGGAUUGUUUGCAGUGAAUAAAGCAUUGAAUUGAAUUGAGUCACAGCCUUGUUAUAUUACUGGUUGUUCAUUGAUCAAUAUGUUCUUGUUAAAAAAACAUUUAAUGAUUAAUGUAAUGGAGUGAUACUUUAUUGGGAAAAUCAUGUUUUGUCGGAUGUCAUCAAAUGAAUGUUGAUUCAUUGACAAGUUACUGUUCUUUUGACCAGUGUGCUGCCCAAAGGUUUAUUUGACACGCAUUUUUCUGACCAUGGACAUGUCGUUUGCAAUUCAUUUGCGUAGUCUGCGAAAUACUGCCUAGUUUUGAUCCAUUUAUUGUCUACCUUUAAUUCUCUUCUUUUUAUUUUAUUGAUGAUUUUCUUGAAUCCAUAAAUUUUCUGUAAUAAUAUGCAUGCUAUUUAUAAUUUUGCAAUUAUUUCACACAAUGUGUAUUCGAUUAGUUUGCUGUGUUGUACACAGGCUUCCAUUUUAUCAGCUGAAAUUGUAAGUUGAAAUUAAAAUGUAUUUCAAUGUCUUCAAUUAGGAUGUUAUUAUCGAUUUGAUUUAAUUGAUGACAGAGGCUGAAAAGGGAUUUGACAUCAGUGCCCCAAAUUUACAACUGAAGUUUAAAACACCACCAAGGUUUUUUGAGCAUGGGUACAAACUGAAUGUGAUCCAAUAAUACAAAUUGUAGGUGCACUGUAAAGAGCAUGAUAUGAGGGUGAAGGUGUUGUACCUAGUUAAAACUUCCUUUGUGAAUUCAGACCAAUGUGUCUGAUUGGUGAAAUGACCUGCUUGUUAUGUGAUAUGGCUCUUGUGAAGAGGUUUGGAAUUUAUUUAUGUGUAAUAUAUGACUAUUUAUUUACUGGCUGAUUUGUGAAUGCAUCCUCUUGCAAUCGUUACAAUUAAAAAGGAGCUUAUUGUAGCGCUAUUAGAACUGCA